CAUAAACGGCAUUUGCUGUGAUUAACCCAUUACUCCCAUUUCAACUGAAUGUGUAGCUACAAAUCUCUGUUCUAAAUAUAGUGUUUCUGGCUAACGGUUUUACGCAUCAACCGCCAUGGUUUUUAUCAAUCUUCCUGAUAACAAAACCCUAUCCCUAGACAUUAAUCCUAGUAUAAGUUCGCUCCAAAACCUAAACCUAAAAAUUCAUGAAAAUUUCCACAUCCCAAUCACCCAACAGUUUCUUUUUCUUUCCUGUCGGCGGUUACUCAACACCGACGUACGGUUAUCCGAUCUAGGAAUUUUCCCUAAUUCGACUCUAACCCUACACGUUCCUCUACUCGGAGGUAUGCAAGCACCAGCGGCACCGAAAGCGCGACUCGAUUUCCUAAACACAAGGCCUCCUCCGAAUUAUGUUGCUGGAUUGGGCCGUGGUGCUACGGGUUUCACUACCCGUUCUGAUAUUGGGCCUGCCCGUGCUGCCCCUGACCUCCCAGAUCGUUCAGCUGCUGCUGUUGGCGGCGCUGCACCAGCAGCUGGCGGCGUUGGCCGUGGCCGUGGCAAGGGUGGUGCGGGAGAGGAAGAAGAAGAGGAUGAUAAUGAGGAAAAGGGGUAUGAUGAGAACCAGAAAUUCGACGAAUUUGAAGGUAAUGAUGUAGGGUUAUUUGCUUCUGCUGAGUAUGAUGAAGAUGAUAAAGAAGCUGAUGCUAUUUGGGAAGCUAUUGAUCAGAGAAUGGAUUCAAGGAGGAAAGAUAGAAGAGAAGCUAGGUUAAAGGAAGAAAUUGAGAAGUAUCGAGCGUCUAACCCGAAGAUCACGGAACAGUUUGCUGAUUUGAAGAGGAAACUGUAUACAUUGUCGAGUGAUGAGUGGGAUAGUAUACCUGAAAUCGGGGAUUAUUCAUUACGAAACAAGAAAAAGAGGUUUGAGAGUUUUGUGCCUGUUCCGGAUACCCUUCUGGAGAAGGCUAGGCAGGAGAAAGAACAUGUAAGUGCAUUGGAUCCAAGGAGCAGGAUAGUUGGUGGCAUGGAGACACCUUCAGCGCAAACGCCCGUCGCUGAUUUGACUGCUGUGGGUGAAGGGAGAGGAACCGUGUUGUCGGUGAGGUUGGAUAGGAUUUUGGACUCGGUUACUGGACAAACUGUGGUGGAUCCUAAGGGAUACUUGACUGAUUUGAAGAGCAUGAAGAUUACUAGUGAUGCUGAGAUUUCGGAUAUAAAGAAGGCUAGGUUGUUGCUUAAGUCGGUUACUCAGACAAAUCCGAAGCAUCCUCCUGGUUGGAUAGCAGCUGCUAGACUGGAGGAGGUUGCGGGGAAGAUGCAGGUAGCGAGGCAGUUGAUAAAGAAAGGUUGUGAAGAGUGUCCUAAGAAUGAGGAUGUUUGGUUGGAGGCGUGCCGUUUGGCGAGCCCCCUUGAGGCUAAGGCAGUGAUUGCUCAAGGUGUUAAAGCAAAUCCUAAUUCAGUGAAAUUGUGGAUGCAGGCCUCAAAGUUGGAGGAAGAUACAGCGAAUAAGAGCCGUGUUUUGAGGAAAGGUCUAGAGCAUAUCCCUGAUUCGGUGAGGUUGUGGAAAGCUGUUGUGGAGUUGGCUAAUGAGGAAGAUGCUAGACUUUUGCUUCAGAGGGCCGUAGAAUGCUGUCCAUUGCAUGUGGAGCUGUGGCUUGCUCUUGCUAAGUUGGAAACUUAUGAAAGCGCAAAGAAGGUACUUAACAAAGCUAGAGAAAAGCUUCCUAAAGAGCCUGCCAUCUGGAUCACUGCAGCUAGGCUGGAAGAAGCCAAUGGGAACACUGCUUCUGUUGGGAAAAUUAUUGAAAGGGCAAUCCGGGCUUUGCAAAGAGAAGGUUUGGAGAUUGACAGGGAGGCUUGGAUGAAGGAGGCUGAAGGAUGCGAAAGAGCUGGUUCCCUUGGGACUUGCCAGGCAAUAAUAAAUAACACUGUUGGGAUUGGUGUUGAGGAAGAAGAUAGGAAGAGAACCUGGGUUGCUGAUGCUGAGGAGUGCAAGAAACGGGGUUCGAUUGAAACAGCAAAAUACAUUUAUUCACAUGCUCUUACUGUAUUUAGAACUAAGAAAAGCAUCUGGCUUAAAGCAGCACAGCUCGAGAAAAGCCAUGGCACCAGGGAGUCACUUGAUGCACUGCUUCGAAAAGCAGUGACCUACAUUCCAAAGGCCGAAGUUCUAUGGUUGAUGGGUGCCAAG